UCCAUGAAACUAGUUUUUUAAAACAUUAAUUUCAGUCAAGCAAUUAGUUUAGCUGAAAGAAAAAUAUGUAUAAUAAUCGUUAUUAUAUAUACAUAUGUUACAGUCUCUGAUUAAUAAUUUAAAGUAUAACAAUAUUUGUAUGCAUGCGUCCGGCGAACUCUUCAAUGCUAUUAUACACAUUAUGUUAUCUUAUGGCCAUAAUUAACAUGACUUUACCAAACAUGAUUUAGAGCAAAGAUAGCGUAAAUCAAACACAGUUAAAGGGAGUAUGUAAGCAUGAGCACAGAAAACCCAUCACAAAUGAAUAUAUAGUAGUUUAUUAUACUCUACUCUGCAUGAUAAACAUAUUGACGUUCACAUAAACACAAAUAAAUACAUGAAACACAAACACGCUAGGAAGGGCGGAGAGAAAGAGAGAUAAAGUGAGUGAGAGAGAGAGCAUGGCAAAUAAUUAAUUUCUGAUCGGAACACCAAUAAAAAAUCAUCUUUAACAAAGACGUACAACCUUGUCACAGAUAUUAUAUGUAUAGAAUCGGAUACUUGUGAGCUCUGUGAUGGAUAAAUAUCAGUAUGUGCUGGAGAGAUGGAAAUGUUCUAGAGGUUUCAGAAUGCAGUCCUGCUGAAAAGUUCCAGGCCUCGUGAACAGCCGCUUGGCUCAUCAAGGUGUGCGUGGCAUCAGAAGUCCAUUGUUCCUUCUUUUCCCCCAGUGGGGAAAAGGGCAGUCUCCAAAGAGAUGCCACGAAGCAGUUUCUGAUGAGUGCAGGUAUAGAGCAAAAAGGCCAAGCUCCUGUCUUCAGAGCAGGCUCGAUAUUUAACUUCAUGAGAGGGCAUGCCCACCUGAGUUUGAAUCGACCAAUCAGAGUUGAGCAGGAAUGAGGUUCUUUGUCCACUUAACAGCUUAUUUGCAUAUUUAUGACCUCCUGGCAACUUUACAAAAUACCAGUCCAAAUUAUAACAUAAUGAGUAUAAAAGUGGCCUUUGGUCAAUUGUAAAGACUAAAGAGUAAUUUUAAAGACAAACAUUUAGAUAUCAAAUAUGUUAGGUUGGAAUUGAAUCAAGUCAUGAUUCAUUCGGGUGUAUGAAUACAAACAAAGCCUGAAUUAAACUUGUCUAUUUAACAGUUACAGAUUAUUUAAAAUGGCAAGAGCGCCAUUAAAAAAACUACUUUAAAACUGCUCAUGAAUAAUAAAUUUGACAUCACAAAAUAUCUGCUGCACAUUUAUAUCAUUACCUAUUGAAAAUACUCGCAUAAACAAGAAGUUACUGAUUAGCCAUACAACACAACACAGAGAAAUGUCCAUUCAUUCAUGACAAAAAUAAUGUCUUGUAGAUAAAGGGACUCCAUGAAUGAUUUAAACUGAUUAUUAGUUCCACAGAUUGCAGAAAGUUAACUUCACAAGAACACAAAACUGUGAGUUUAAACAAAAAGAUUUGUAGGUUAUUGAUGCUGUAGUUAAGUAGAUCCAACUUAUGAAUCCUUGUGAUGAUCCCUGUUGAGUUUGUUCUUCAGCAUGUUUCUUCUGAUGAGUCUGAAAACGUUUUAAAUAAGCAAAUCUCUCGCCGCAGUGCAGUGGUAAGGUUUUUCUCCAGUGUUAAUUCUCUCAUGGGGUUUCAGAUCACCUGGUCGAGCAAACGUCUUGUCACAAUGAAAACAUUUGUAAGAUUUUUCUCCUGUAUGAAUUCUCUGAUGCAUUCGUAAAUUAAUCUGUUGAGGGAAACUCUUCUUACAAACACUGCACUGAUAAGGAUUUUCUCCAGUUUGAACUCAUGAGCUUGGAAAUUAGAUCGUCCAGAAAAGCUCUUUCUGCAGAUGGAGCAGAGAUGGUUUCUCUUCUGUAUGAACUCUCUCAUGGAUUAUCAGGUCUUGUCUUGUCACACUGAGACGGCUUAAACUAUCCCCACAAAGGCUGCACUCAUAAGAUUUUCCUCCAGUGUGAGAUCUCAUAUUUGUAAGUACUAUGAUCAGAAAAGCUCUUUCUUCAGUGAGAGCAGAGGUUCGUCUUACUGAUAGCGGUUGGCUAACUUCUCCCAGGCUACCAGUAAAAUGUAUGCCAUAAAGCAGUGGAUAGGCGUGGAUUGUGCCGGCCCGAACAUCAAAGUUACAAGUGCAAUUUCAGUCGAUAGCAGGCUGCUUAAAUAGCUUUGGCAGUAAUAUUCGUCCAUUUAAAAGUUGUCCUACUACUAAAAUAAUUUUAGAGACAUUAAUUUAAGGUCAGAAUGUUGCUUGUAAUCGCUUUAAAGUCUAUGGCGAUCAUCAUGAUACAUUCAGAUCACUGUUUUACUUUCAUUAUUACUAAAAAUACGGUUAAAGGAAUAGCUCACCCAGAAAUGUGUCCUGCUGUGGCUUUCCUUGUUAGUCAGAAUCAAAACGGAUAUUUUGAAAAUAGUGUGGAAUUAAAAGAGUGAAUUAAGCAAAUUAAAACUAAAGGCGGCCUACCAAGAGAAAGGAUUAAAACCAAAGGACUACUUUGUUAAUAUGUAUGAUAUAUAAGAAAAGCUUUUCUGCAAUAAAUGUAAGUAAUGGCAAUGGCAUUAUAACAAUGGGGGGUAUACACCUAUAGCUUCUCUUAUGAGAGUUAUUAAACAAUUUUGUUUGACUUUUAAAAAUAGGCCUACAUGUAGAACAUUUUAAAAACCAAACCAGCCAUAUUUGGGGAAAAAACAGAUAACAAGAGACCUGUGAUUGUAUGUCUGUGUGUGCAUAUAAACAGUGUGUGUCUAAAGGUCGUUUUAGUAACGCAAUAUACAAAUACUGUUAUUUAUCAUUUUGAAGACAUUGCUACUGCUGCUGUCAUCAUCAGGUUUAUAAGAGUUAAUAUAAUGUAUCUUUAUUAAAACAUUUAAAUAAAAGUUCCUUCAGGUCACAGCAAAACCGCAUCAAAAGAGAAAUACACAGUAAAGAAACAAGAAAUUGAGUUAUUUUCGCUUCAUUGAUCCAUGAUGUGGGUCAUUCUUCUCAUGAUACAUCUGACCACAGGCCUGCAGUUAACAGUGUUUGUGGACAGGCGUGAUGCUGCUCAUCUGCUCAGGAAUCGAAGGGCAAAUGUCUUUCUGGAGGAGAUGAAACCAGGAAAUCUGGAGCGAGAAUGUUAUGAGGAGCUCUGCUCUCAGGAGGAGGCGGCUGAGAUCUUCCAGAGCGCUGAGAAAACGAUGGAGUUUUGGUACAGAUAUCAGGAUCUGAAAGUGUGCCGGUUUAAUCUUUGUCUGAAUGGAGGAAUCUGCACCGAGAGCCGAGGCACGCAUGAGUGUCUGUGUCCACCGCAGUACAGCGGUCAAAACUGUGAAACAGAGGUGUUUGACUGCAAAUAUAAGAACGGAGGUUGUCUGCACUAUUGCAGUAUUUCUGAUCAGAGGUCAGGUGUCACAUGCAGCUGUGCAGCUGGUUACCAGCUAGAUGAAGAUGGGCGGAGCUGUAAACCAUCAGUGCAGUAUCCCUGUGGAAAACAAUGGACUACUAGAGGAAUCAUGACCCGCUUCUUGGAUGAAAUAAACACCACCGACACAUACACUGAUCAUACAAGCCACACCCAUACUGAUCGCAUGACCCAAAGUGAUCAGACAAACCACACCCACAAGGAUCACAUGACACACAGCGAGCAUACAAACCACACCCACACCCUGAAAAACUCAUCCAACUUAUUACAUCAAAACACAAGUUCCGUGGACAGCUCCUCUCACCUGUCAACAAAGCAAACCAGACCUACCGAUAAACCGACACUGGCUAUAUUUAACAGUUCAUCGGAUGAACUGGAUCCUUCCGGAAAUGACACCACAGAUGUAAAUGAAGACAGGCGCGUUGUUGGAGGUCAACUGCAGGGCCAGGGUGGAAGCCCCUGGCAGGUUUUGCUUCGUCGUGCGGAUGAUUACGGCUUCUGUGGAGGUUCUUUGAUCGAGGAUCGAUGGGUUGUAACUGCAGCACACUGUCUCCAGCAGACACCAGAUCACGUGAGCAUCGGCGACUAUGAUAAAAUGCGUCCAGACAAAGAUGAGCAGAAGAUCAAGGUUGAGAAAAUCGUUGUACACCCUCAUUUCCAUGAAUACACCUUCGACAGUGACAUCGCGCUACUUUACUUGUCUCAACCGGUGACCCGUGGCCCUUACGUCACACCCGCCUGCUUGCCCGACCCCAACCUGGCGUCACGUCUGGUCAAACCCGGGGAACAGGGUAUGGUGUCGGGCUGGGGUGCCACACACCACAUGCGGCGCUCCUCGAGGUUCCUGAGGAAAGUUCUGCUGCCGGUGGUAGAUCAGAUGAGCUGCAUCCGGUCCACAGACCAGGUGAUCACAGACAACAUGUUCUGCGCCGGGUAUCUGACAGCAGCGAUGGACGCGUGUACGGGGGACAGCGGUGGCCCCUUUAUAGUCAACUACAGAGGGACCUGGUUUCUGACUGGAGUUAUUAGCUGGGGCGAGAGCUGUGCUGCCGAGGGCAAAUACGGCGUUUAUACGAGACUCAGUAACUAUCUGCCCUGGAUACAGGAAGAAAUGAUGAAAGAGCAAAAAGGCAAUCAGAGCGUCACAUAAAUUAUUAUAAAGCUAUGAAAUGAUGAAAGUGAUUGUUACCGAAUAUCAGAUUUUUAUUACACGAUUGUCAUGGCCACAUACAUGUACAAUAGUAAUCUAUUGAGAUGACUCUUGGUCGAUGGUCAAAUUGGUCAUGUUUAAUUUUGUGCUCUCUCUUUUUCGAUUUGUUAUAUUUUAUGGAUUAUCGUGGAUUUUAAUAUCAAUUUCUGUCAACACUAGUAUUUUGUGACACCUCUUUUUGGAGAAAUAUCACAGCAUAAAAUAUAUUUUUAUCAAUAAAAAAGCAGAAUUUAAAUAUCA